UCCGGGUGGGGCCCCGGGCCGAGGCGAUGGCGCCCUGGGUGCUCUUCAGCCCUGGGGUCCUGGUGCGGACCGGGCACACUGUGUUGACCUGGGGGAUCACGCUGGUGCUCUUCCUGCACGACACCGAGCUGCGACAAUGGGAAGAGCAGGGGGAGAUGCUCCUGCCCCUCACCUUCCUCCUCCUGGUGCUGGGCUCCCUGCUGCUCUACCUGGCUGUGUCGCUCAUGGACCCGGGCUAUGUGAAUAUUCAGCCCCAACUCCAGGAGGAGCCCAAGGAGGAGCAGACGGCCAUGGUUCCUCAGGCCAUGCCCCUUCGGCGCUGCAGAUACUGCCUGGUGCUGCAGCCACUGAGGGCCCGGCACUGCCGUGAGUGCCACCACUGUGUCCGCCGCUAUGACCACCACUGCCCCUGGAUGGAGAACUGCGUGGGGGAGCGAAACCACCCACUCUUCGUGACCUACCUGGCACUGCAACUGGUGGUGCUUCUGUGGGCCCUGUACCUGGCAUGGUCUGGCCUCCGGUUCUUCCAGCCCUGGGGGCUGUGGCUGCGGUCCAACGGGCUCCUGUUUGCCACUUUCCUGCUGCUAUCUCUCUUCUCGUCAGUGGCUGGCCUGCUCCUGGCCUCACACCUCUAUCUUGUGGCCAGCAACACCACCACCUGGGAGUUCAUCUCCUCGCACCGCAUUGCCUACCUCCGUCAACGCUCCAUCAACCCCUUCGACCGUGGCCUGAUCCGCAACCUGGCCCACUUCUUCUGUGGAUGGCCCUCAGGGUCCUGGGAGACCCUAUGGGCUGAGGGGGAAGAGGAGGGCAGCAACCAGGCUGUUUAG